AUGUCUUCACCUACAGACUCUACUCAAAUCAGAACUUAUCUUGAUAAAAAGCUGCAGAACAGAAAAACUGCAACAUGGCUUUGGUCUUCUGCAAUAGAAAAAAUAAAACAAAAUAGACCAGCUUCAAAUGAGGCUUAUGAGAAAUUCGUUAAUUUCUGGAAGACCGUAUUAAUUGAAACAACGGAACAAGGGUGGCUAGGUUCUGACGUGUUAUGUUUUGAGUUCAACGAGAAAAUAAACAAACAGUUCAGUUAUGACCUUGACAAUAAUGCAAUAUUAAGUCCACCCACAAUGACGGCACUUAAUUUGGUCAUACAAGAACUUUGUGAGCGAAAUGAAUUAAUACGCGUCGAUAGGUUUAAAGCUUUAUAUACGCAAUCCUGGGCUAGUUGGAUCGUUUCAAGUAUAAUUCUUGGGCCAAUUUGGUGGAGCUAUGAACGCGUCAUUACGGGGGUAAAAAGUGAACCUGGUCCAGGAAAAUACGUUGUGAUGUCGACUCUUGCGGAAGCUGCCGAGCGCAUCUCUAAACAUCACGCUAAAAUUGCUAUCCAUGGCAUUACCGAUAAUUUAUACACUCUGUCUUCGUUCAAAGAACAAUAUGGUGAAGCAGCGAUGCCCGGUAUAACAUUUUCAGAUACAGAUUGGGAUAUUUUACUGACUUUCUUGGAGUAUGAUCGGCAAAUGUUGAUAGCCAGGGCGUGGGAUAAAGAGGGUUUAGGACAUAAAAAUGAAGUUGCGAUUAAAUUUCGCGCAACUGAUGAUUUGACGCGUAACAAGCUGGAAAUAAGUGCUACUUUAGAGCAUGGCGUCUUAAAUAUAAAAGCAACUUCAGAAGCACUUCAUAAGCAAAUUCAAAAUCUGGAAAAUCGAGUUGAAGUACUUGGGGAGAGAGUGAAUAAUUAUCUUAGACGUCAACAAAAAACAUCUGCCAAAUUAGCACUAAAACAAAAGAAGGAGAUCGAAAAGAUCCUUGAUAAAAGAAUCGAUUCAUUACAUACACUUGAGAGUAUUCUUAUGAAAAUGCAAGAAUCAGUAACACAACGAGAGAUAAUGAAAGCAUUUGAUGUAGGGGCGACUACUCUUCAAAAUGUACUAAGUAGAUCGGGUGUAACUUUUGAUUCUGUGCAAGACACAAUGGACAAACUCGAAGACGUAUUAAUGGCACAAAAUGAAAUUGAUGAGGCAUUGACUACUGCAAACAAGACCAUCUUAACUUCAACGAGCGAAGAUGACGAUGAACUGGAGAGAGAAUUGGCGAACUUGCAAAGAUUGGAGAACAUCAAGGAAAUUCCAAAAGCACGAAAAGAACAAAAAGACGUAGAACUUUUGGAAAUAGAACAAAAGAUUUCACAAUUGAACAUGCUUCCUGCUCCCUCAAAGAAUAUUCCCACCAAUACUGAGGAAACUGAAGGAACUCCUCCAAUCAUAACUAAGGAAACAAUUAAAGAAAAUGGUCCAAACAAAGUGAAAGAUCAACAAGAACCAGAAGACAAAGAUGCUAUGUUUUGGCCUGCCUACUGA